AGCCUCCCACAGGCACAAGCACGGUCCAGGCUGGCAGCUGGGCCAAGUCCCGCCCGCCAAUCUGUUUUCCUCAGAGAGCCUUCCUGAACACUGCUAUUUUUAGCCCUCAUGACAAUAAUUGAUGGCUAGUGGAAAGGUAUAAAAGCAGCAGCCAGGCCUCGAAGUUUGCCGGACAGAUCAGGGAAGAGCCUUCCACUGUGAAUGGUGGCCCUCGGCACAUCGUCCUUGCUGUCCUCUUCCCAGUGAUCCCCCACUGGACACUGGGCUCUGGCUGCCAGAAGUCCCACCCUUCUUCUGAGAGCUUCCCAGGGGCUUCCUUUGGACUGAACCAUCCUUGCUUGUCCAGCCUCCUGGCCACCCUCCGACCCCCUCAUCUACAGUGAUGAGGUCCCGGCAUCUGCUUUCUGUGCCCUACCUGCCCACAAUUCGGGAGACCACAGAGGAGACGCUGUCUGGUGGGCCUGGGCUGGAGUCCCCAGCCUCCCCCACCCUGGAUGACUAUGUGAGGUCCAUCUGUCAGCUGGCACAGCCUACCUCUGUGCUGGAUGAGGCCACAAUCCUGGGCUGACCCAGGACAUCCCACCAGCUGGGCCAGGCUCUCGAGAAGAGCUGCCUUGCCACAUCCCUACAGGACAUCACUGCCCACUUCAGCGGCCAGCAUCCCACACUGCCAGAAGCUGACACUGUUGACCCCCUGGACUGGCUCUUUGGGGAGUCCCAGAAAGAGUGGUCAAGUCCGAAGAACCUGUCGAGGAGGACCAGGCCCUGUGCUGGCUCUUGGGGUCUGCAAAGACAGAUGGACAAUGGCAAGGCCAGGGGGGGCCCCAAAGGGAGGCUCUGUGAAGCCAGGGCACCUGGGCACCCUCUGGCACAACCACGACGGGACUCACACCUAAUGAGUCAGACUUAUGGGCAGCCUGGCCAGGCCAUGGCCUCUCCACGCAACCCCCGCCCCAGCAGUGUCCUCAGAACUCUCUACUCUCUACUCCCGGUGAUCCACGAACUCUGAACCCUCCCCAAUAAAGACUUCCGUAAAGAGCAUGCUGGGUUCGCAUCUACUUCCCCUCCCUCCAUGGUGGACACUGUACCUCAGGGGUCUGUAGAGGGCUUUGUAUUUUAAAGGAAUUGAGGUGUUAUUCCAUAUGUUCCCCACGACAACCCUGUCAGGCAGGUGUUUAUAACCCUCUGUUAUGGAUGGGAAACACAUUUGUGGGAGGGAAAUACUUUUCUGUAUGGGCUGCCUGCUUUGGUAAUUCACAUUGACCUCCCCCGCAGCACACUAUGAAUAGUGGUAACAGUGUGUCUCACAUGAGAUGUUAUUGUCUCAUUUCUCUGUUCUUUACUGGCUGUUCACUUUGAAUAAGUUUCUUAA